AUGGUACAUACUGAAAGAGGGUCGCGAAUAUCUACUCCAGACCAAGCUAAGAGUAAUAGAGUUCUACGGACGUAUUCAUCUGUAGAACCAGUGAGGGAGGAAGAAUUUGUAUUCCUUGAGUACUGUGAGCCAGAGGACGAAAGAGGUCAGCAGCUACCUGAUGAGCUUCGUGUAACUGAUUCCAUGAUUUCAAAGGAGGUUAAAGUACCCAAAAGGACAGACACUGAGGUGCGUCACAAAGCACUGGAAAUGCAGUUGCAGUCAUUGAAACACAUGACAGAAGAGGAGCCCAACACAGAUUCUCUCAUUGAGUUUCAUGACAUUGGAUUCCCUACUGAAGAAACCACGAAGAAGAAAAAGAAAGCCAAAAAACAGCAAAAAAUCUUUGGGACCCCUGACAGUGAGGUGCCAUUUAGUGACACUUGUUGCUCUGGCUGUGGUGCUGUCAUGCACUGCACUGACCCAAAUAUUCCCGGCUACCUACCAAGUGAAAAAUACAAGAGUUUAACAGAAGAGGACAAACUGAAAAAGGCAACAUGUCAACGCUGUUUUUUGCUGGUGCACCACCAAAAGGCACUGAAUGUCACUAUGACAAAAGAGGAAUACCGAAAUAUUGUAGGUAGGAUUCAAUCUGAAAAAGCCCUUGUCCUAAAGAUCGUGGAUCUUUUAGAUAUCCCGCACUCUAUCAUACCCGACCUGCUUGAGCUCGUUGGGAAAAACAAACAAAUUGUCAUUUUAGGAAAUAAAGUGGAUUUGAUCCCCGGAGACUCUGAAAAUUAUUUACAACGGAUCAAACGUCAGCUUGCGCGGUAUUGCUCUGAUGUUGGUAUCCCGGUAAAUGACCUUAAAAAUAUCCACCUCAUCAGUGCCAAAACGGGAUACGGCAUAGAAAAUCUAAUAACAAGUCUACAAAUGUCUUGGAAGUACAAGGGUGACGUUUACCUUGUUGGGACAGCAAAUGCAGGGAAAUCCACACUGUUUAACACACUACUCGAGUCUGACUACUGCAAAUCAAGGGCAUCUGAUGUGAUCCACAAAGCAACCAUUUCUCCAUGGCCUGGAACCACACUGAACUUGCUGAAGUUUCCCAUCAUCAACCCGACUCCAUACCGCAUGUUCAGGCGUGCAGAGAGACUGAAACAAGCUGCCUUGCAGACAGAAGAGGAUCUCGGCCCACAGGAACUAAAGAGAAUCCAGCAGUUCAGCAAACAGGGCUAUUUAGUUGGUCGCAUUGGGAGGACAUUCCGAGUGAAUCCGUCACCCAAAAAAAAUAUAGUGGAGUUUGACCCCGAUAGCCUCAGUUUUGGAGAAGAUUUUGAGGAGAAUAGCAGAUCAAUUUAUGAGCCCAGUCCUGAGGCAGAAUUAACCUACAAUGAAAUCAAAGAUGCUCACUGGUUUUAUGACACUCCAGGCAUCAUGAAAGAACAUGAUGUGCUCAGCUUUUUAAAUGAACAAGAGGUUAAACUGGUGGUGCCUACACAUGCUAUUACCCCAAGGACAUUUGUACUGAAGCCUGGAAUGGUGUUGUUUCUGGGUGGCUUGGCAAGGAUUGACUAUGUUGAGGGGAAUAACUCUUGCUGGUUCUCCGUUAUUGCUUCAUCGCGGGUCCCAGUGCACAUCACCAGUCUGGAGAAGGCUGAGGCCCUCUACCAGAAGCAUGCAGGGAAAAACCUUCUGGGGGUGCCAGUAGGCGGAGAAGAACGCAUGAGGGAGUUUCCACCCCUUGUCUCUCAAGACUUUGAGCUUCAGGGGCAGGGUUACACCACGGCAAUCGCUGACAUCAAGUUAUCCUCUGCAGGCUGGGUGGCAGUGACUGGAGUGGAGGGUGAUCGGCUCCUGUUAAGAGCGCACGCCCCUGAGGCAGGAGGCCUGUGUUUAAGGAGCCCACCACUGCUCCCGCACAUCGUUAACAUCAAAGGGGAGCGCAUCAGGAAGAGCCCCACCUACAAGACAAAGAAGCCUCAGACAGUGCUGGACUCCAAACUGUCUCAAGAUGGAAAAAGACAGAAAAUGAGGGGUAAAAAAUGACCAGUCGUUUCCCCGUGAGAAACCCUGAGAGACCUUCUGGCUUUAGGUUUAGGCUAUGCCUGAAGAUG